GGGCGGGGCCACCGCGCGGGCAGGCCUGCCACGUCCUCUCCCCGGUGCAGAAGGCCGAGGGGCUCGGGUAGAGGCUCCUGGACAUGUCGGAGGUGAAGAACCGGAAGAAGCCGGGGCCCCGGGCGGCCCCCGAUGACGGGCACCGCGGCGAGGGCGGGAAGGGCGCGGCGGCCCGGGGCGGCGGCGGCGGCUGGGCGGACUCCCGCACGGGGCUGAGUCUGCUGUCGCUGGGGACGUGCCUGGGCCUGGCCUGGUUAGUAUUUCAGCAGUCGGAAAAGUUUACAAAGAUGGAAAAUCAAUACCAGUCACUGCAAACAGAAACCAGCGAGUUCCGGGGACUUCAAAAUAAAAUCAGUUUAAUCUCAGAAAAGCUUGAGGCCACUGAAAGUAUCCUGCAGGAAGCCACAUGGGCCAUGUCUCUCCUGAGCCAGUUUGAGCAGGAAGUGUCCAGCCUCCAAAGUGUCGUGCGGCACGUGCAGAACGGCGAGGAGACGCUCGCCGGGGAGGCGCGAGGCCUGCGGGAGAAGCUGCGGAACAUCACGGCGGCCUGCAGGAGAAGCCAGGAGGACAUGCUUGCCAGCACGGACGCGUUCAAGUCGGAAGCAAAACACAUACACUCCCAAGUCACUGUGCGGAUUAACUCCGCGGAGCAGGAGAUGAGCGUGCUCACCGAGAGGCUGAAAGAUCUGGAAGACGGCACGCUCAGAAACAUCAGGACAGUACAGCGACAGGAGGAAGAGGAUCUUCUGCGGGUGGAGGAGCAGCUCGGCUCUGAUGCAACAGCCGUUAGGAAAUUAGAAGCGGAAAAGAAUGAACUGUUUGCCAGGGGCAAAGAGCUGACGCUCAAGCUUUCCAGCUACGAGCCCAAAGUGGAGGAGUGCAAGACGCAUCUCCCAGCCAUCGAAAAUGCCGUGCGGUCCGUGCUCAGAGUCUCUCAGGACCUGAUGGGGACAGAGAAGAAAGUGGAGGACCUGACAGUUCAGAUGUUCCACGUGGAGGAGGACAUGCUGAACGCAGUGUCUGAGGUGAUGGAGCUGCAGAGAGCCCUUGAGGGCGUUCAGUACGACAACAGCAUGUUGAAGAUGCAGCGUGAGCUGGACGUCCUGAAGGGCAAGGUCCAGGAUUUUAUCACGUAUUCAAGUACAAGAGGAAAGGGCGCCCCAGAAGAACAUGAUCCGGAAAAUGAAAACUGAACCCGCUCCGCGUGUUCUGAUGAACCAUGUGACGUGUCAGCCCACUGCUGGGCGCGUGGGUCAUACUGAAAUGCUUCACGAGAAAGUCGGUGAGGUGUCUGUCUGCACAAACGCAUCGUCCAGAUAAAGCUGGCUUGCCUAAGCACUACGACUUACUUUAACCACUUGGAGUGGAAAUAUUUAUGAAUCAGAUUUUUCUUUUGAAAAGAAGAAUACUUAAGGGCUGGGCAGUGGCACACCUAGUUAAUUGCACACAGUACUAAGGAAAGGACCCGGGUUUGAGCGCCUUCUCCCCACCUGUAGGGGGGACGCUUCACUAGCAGUUAAGCGGGGGCUGCAGGUGUCUCUCUUUCUCUCUCCUUCUCUAUCUCCCCCUUCUCUCAAUUUCCUUCUGUCUUACCAAAUAAAAUGGAGGAAAAAGAAAAAGUAAGCCACCAGGAGCAGUGGAUUCGUAGAGCUGGCAUCAAGUCCCAGUGAUAACCCUGGAGGUGAAAGAGAGAGAGAGAGAGAGAGAGAAAGAAAGAAAGAAUUUUAAAUGUUUUUCUAAAAAUUAAUGGAUGUAGUUAUGACUAUCUCCUAGUAUAUUGGUCCCAAAUAUAUUAAUAUAUAUACAUAUAUAUGUAGCUUUUUAAAUAUUUUUAUUGGAUAGAGAAAGCCAGAAAUUAAGAGGGCAAGCGGGGGUAGAGAGAGACAGAGAGACACCUGCAGCCCUGCUUCACCACUCGGGAAGCUUUCCCCCUGCAGGUGGAGACCGGGGGCUCAAACCCAGGUCCUUGCACACUGUAGUGUGUGCGCUUAACCAGGUGCUCCACCAUGUAUGACCCCCACACAUAUAUUCAUAUCUCUUGCAGACACUGAGGAAUGUUUACCACUUUACUAAAAAAACCUAUUUUGCUUAUUUUAUUUUUUGGGUCAGGGGUGGUUGGGGUGCCCAGGCAGUAUCCAGGUUCAAACCCAGGGUCAUACGUGCUAAGUGCAUGCUCCACCGCUGAACUACAGUCCAAGCCCCCAUUUGUUAUUUCCCAUCUUACAUGCAUGUAGUCUGCUUUUUCUGUCAGCGGAUCACGCAGCGCUUAAGCGAGAAGGCUUUCGUGUCUCAGGCUCCAAAGUCUCACUCAACCCCUCACGCCACCAUAAACCAGAGCUGUGGUGCCAUCUCCCUCUUUGUUUGUUUCUAUCUAGCUGACUAGCUGACUAGGCGAGUGAGAAAGGCAGCCUGGAGCAGGAAAGCCAUGCACACAGUCAGGCCCUCGUCCGUCCGUCCGUCAGUCCGUCAGUUUCAGCCUGAGUUGACUUCACAGGGAAGUGCUCUCUGCUUUUCUUGUCAAUGACCAGCAGUAGUUGGGGGGUUACAGUGCAGUUUCCACUGAAUCAAACACAAAGAACUUGAAAGUACAGAAACGUACAGAAGGCAGUUACGAUCACGUCAUUUUUAUUACCUGAAGUUGCAAAGUUCUUGAAAAAAAUCCCAGACAAACUCUGGGGUUGGGAUCCCAGACCUGUGGCAGGUCGUCACGCGUCCUGAAAACCAGCCUGAUGUUCCCGCCUGAGGCUCUCGGGUUCCAGGCUCUGACAAAGAAGAACACAGAAGCCCGACAGAGUGCCGCUGUCAGGGGGCAAAGCACUAAUCUCUGUGGGCAGCAACAACAUGCAUUCGUUUGCGUUGAUUUCCAUAUCAACCCAAUCGAUCGUGAAACUCGCGGGGACUUUGCUGAUCCACAUCCCGGUCAGGGCAGGGGGUGGUUCCUUCUCUUGCACUGAACACUCCCAAUAAACCUGGAUGGCUGAGACUUUUUCAUCAGAAGAACUAUAGUUGUGGUUACAGAAUAAAAAGGAGCAAGCUGACACGGUACUCCACACCAUGGUUACAAGCGCCGGGGAGCUUGGCUUGAUCCCAGCAGCCCACGGGGCACCUGUGUCUCCCCCUUAAAGAAGGAAAGACUUCUGUCUUUCCCCGCGGGCCUGGAGGUGGCUCAUCAGUACCAUGCAGGGGUUGGACCCUGGGUCCAUCGUCCAGCACUGCAGCAAAGUGUCAUCAGAGAUCACACAGAGCGAACGGGCCUUCCUUUGUCCCUUUCACUCAUUUCACUUCUGAGACCGCAAACGUGUAUAUGCUAUCAGAUACUCAGGCUUUCUGUGGAGGGAGAUGGCCAAUAUUUUAAGAGACGCUUUUGUAUCUUUGUAAUUGACAAUAAAGUUUACACGACUUUA